CCUGCGGCCCCUGUGAGCGGAAGCGGAAGAGUCAGCUCCUUCCGCUGCUGCCGUCCUUCCAGAGACUGCCUAGCCCCCCUGUGCUUGUGACAGCUGCGACAACCGGGGCGGUGCGCCUCACCCUCUCCGCUCUCCCCGGGGACAGGAGCACCGGCCGCCGGGACGGCACCUGCCCGAUUCGUCACGUGUCCCAGGAGACCAGCCACGGGUGAGUCAUGUUUUGGAAAUUUGACUUGCACACAAGUUCUCAUGUGGACACCCUUCUGGAGAAGGAAAAUGUUACCCUUUUUGAAGUGCUCGAAGAGGAGGAUGUGCUACAGGAGUGCAAGGUAGUUAAUCGCAAGCUGGUGGAAUUCCUGGUCCGACCACAGCACAUGGAGGAAUUGGUCACCUGCAUUACACAGGAGCCUUCCAGUGACACGGAUGAAAAAAUGCGCUAUAAAUAUCCCAGUGUAUCAUGUGAGAUCCUGACAGCAGAUGUAUCGCAAAUUAACGAUGCUUUAGGAGAAGACGAGGCAUUACUGAAGCGGCUGUAUGGCUUUUUGCAAAAUGACGAAGACCUGAAUCCUCUGCUGGCCAGUUUCUUCAGCAAAGUGAUGGGAAUUCUUAUUAACCGCAAAACAGAACAGAUUGUAGCCUUUCUGCAAAAAAAGGAAGAUUUUGUUAACUUACUGCUCAGGCAUAUUGGCACAUCAGCAAUUAUGGACCUUCUGCUGCGGCUUUUGACAUGCGUGGAACAGCCACAGUUGCGGCAGGAUGUAUUCAAUUGGCUUAAUGAAGAAAAAAUUGUUCAAAGACUGAUUGAAAUGAUUCAUCCUUCAAAGGAUGAUAACCAACAUUCCAACGCUUCUCAGUCACUGUGUGAUAUUAUCCGAUUAAGCCGUGAGCAGAUGAUCCAGAUUCAGGAUAGUCCUGAACCUGACCAGUUAUUGGCCACUCUGGAGAAACAGGAGACGAUUGAGCUGCUUCUGGGUAACAUGUUUAAUGGAGAACAUAACGAGUCUGUGAUUGUUAAUGGUAUCCAAGUGCUUCUGACCUUACUUGAGCCACGAAGACUCAGGGCUGAGCUGGGUGGACUGAGUGGGUUCUACUGUAACUUGGAGGGUCAGCUGGAGCUCAAUCCUCCUGGUAUAGAUGCAAUGUCCAGUACCCAAGCCAGUGUAGGCACACUGUUGGCCAUCAAGGAGCAUUUAAAAGAAUUCCAUCAACUCCUCAUUGAUCCACCUAAGAAAGAAAGCUUGCAGACGACGUGGGGGGUUCUUGAUCCACCAUUAGGGAAUACUCGUCUCCAUGUGGUGAAAUUGCUUGCUAGCGCAAUUAACACAAACAAUAUAGCUUUAAACCAGGAACUAAUUGAUCUAGAUUCAAUCAACACCAUGCUGAAUCUGUAUUUCAAGUACAUGUACAACAACUUCUUGCAUUCCCAAGUGGAGGUUUGCAUCAAUACAGUUUUAAAUUCAACGUCCGUUGAAGAAGCCAAUGAGAGCGAUCUGCAGGAGAAUAUGCUUGUCAAAUAUAUUUUACAGAAAUGCCACCUGGUGCAGAGGAUACUUUCAGCAUGGGAAGAUAAUGAGCGAGAACAGUCAGAAGGAGGACGGAGGAAAGGUUUUAUGGGCCAUCUCACCAAAAUAGCCAAUUCACUGGUGAACAGUUCGGAAAAAGGACCCAACGCUUCUCUAAUUUGCCAACUAAUUAAAGAGAUCCCAGAAGAACAGCAGGAGCAGUGGGAUACCUUCAUUUCUGGAUCUCUCUCAGAUACUAACAAGAAGAACACGGUAGACCUGGUAAACACACGAAACAUGCACUCACCAAGUGAUGACGAAGAUAAUGACCUGAAGGAAUUUAACUUUCCCCAAGAGGCUGUGCUCCAGCAGGCUUUUGUGGACUACCAGAUGCAGCAGAUGACAUCGGCUUUUAUAGAUCAUUUUGGUUUCAACGAUGAAGAGUUUGGAGAGCAGGAAGAGAGUGUAAAUGCUCACUUUCGACAGCUGAAGAGUGCUCCUUUUGACAAAACAGCCAGCAUCACGUUUUCUCUGAAUGCAGAUGAGGAAAGUCCAAAUUCCAAUCUGUUUGAGAUUUGUUAUAAGGAACGCAUUCAGCAGUUUGAUGAUGAUGAAGAUGAAUGUUCAGAUGGUGAAGAUAUCUGGCAAGAGAAGGAGAUCCGGUUUUCCUCUGGCACUGUGCAGAGUACUGGGACAAGGAGCUGUGGAAGCACAGAUAGUGAAGAGAGUCGAGAUUCUGAUGAAGAGGAAGAAGACUCCGGUGGUGGUGGUGGUGGUGAUGGCACCAAUCCUUCAAACACUGAUUCUGUGCCAGAAACAUUAGAAGGGUCCACGUGGACAGCAACGUUUGAUUCCACACCUACAGAUGCCUCAUCCUCCGUACCCGUUACCUCAGCAGAUACUGGGUCCUCAGUAUGGGAUGGCACUGUGACUAUUAACAAUUGUGAAGAAGGAUGGGCUGUCUUUACGGAUUCCCCUAAACAGAUGAGUUCCCAAACAGCAGCCCAUGUGGAAGCACGUGCAGAACCAGAGAAGCGUCCAUCACAACAAGUAAAUAAUGGCAGUGAAGUUGAUGAAUCUGUUAAGGAAGAAACCACGAGAACCUCAGCCACACUGGGUGAUGCCCAGGAAAGUAUAGCAGCCACAUUGGGUGACGUCCAGGAAAGUAUAGCAGCUACAUUGGAUGAAGACCAGGCAAAUAUAUCAGCCACACUGGGUGAUGCCCAGGAAAGUAUAGCUACCCCACAGUGUUCUUCUGCGGAAACGGGAAUAUUAGCAGACUCUUCCAGUGUUGGAUCUGGUGACGGUACCGUGUGCAGUGUGACUUUGAAUGGUGAACCUGAAGAAGCUAUGACACAGGAUGAAACUUUGACACAAGAUAACAGAGAAUCCAGCCCCACGCACAGUAGUGAACAGAAUAAGAUCCAACAGUCUACUCUCCCAGACAGACCAACCACAGAAUGUUCUCCUCCUACAGAAAAUACAAAGUAAACAUCAUCCUCUUCCUAAGGCUUCAGAAACAGAUGACUGUACAUCCAAAGAUCUGCAUUGAGUAUCCGUAUGGAUUGCAAAACAUAAGACCAAGCCUCUGUCUCCUUACAAAGAAAGAGUGGGACAGUUGUGCAGCAGAAAUCCAGAAUCCAUUGCAUACAAGAAGAGUUUUGAUUGUGAGAACAAGAGACAGACAAUGAUACAAUUAUUUUUUUUUGCACUGAAAUUAAUAGCUGUCAAAAUUUAUAUAAUCUCCCACACACACACACACACACACAAACACACAUACAUACUUUUAUAUAUAUUUAUAUUUAUAUAUGAAAGUAGCAACGGUAAAUAAAAAAAAAUUAUGAAAGUUAAAUUAUAAAUACAUUUUAUUUUACUCAUUUUGGACAGUGGAAGAUUCCAUAUGGCUUAAGCACAAGAAGUCAAAACCAAAUGAAUUUAUGUAUUCUCCCCUAGGUCCAUCUCCCCCCCCCCCCCACCCCAAAAGAAACAAAGACUAAUUCUAUGCAGAUGUGCACGCAGCAAUAAUUGGCUGGAGGAGAGAAUUUCUCCGCUAUAGGAUUGCUUCUGUUGGGCACAGGUGUAUAUUUUCCUCUGUUGCAAUAGAAUAAUCAAACGCCUUUGAUACAAUGUAAACUCUUCAAUGUCCCCUCUGUUUAUACUGUAAUCAUAGGCCUCGCAUACUCUGUUUGUUUUGCUUUUAUAGCUUUCAGUGUGGUUACCAAAAAAAGAAGAGAAAAAAAAAAAGGACUUCAAUGAAGAAUCACCCAUCCUAAAUUGUUAUAUUCUCAGUAAUAUUAGCAGUGCCUUAUUGUCCUCCCAUAAACAUGUGACCCAUUAAAAAUGUAUUAGGAAUGACAUUA